AUGGCAGUCGUUUUAGCGAAAAAAAUUUGUGAACUCAACACUGUUAUUAAAAAUGCAUUAAUUACUGCUAUUGUGCUCACGAAGACAACGCCCAACACUUUCGUUGCGCGCGAUUCAAACGAAUAUCGCAGUGUUAUUUCCUUUACAUUGCGCGACUCGAAGCGACAUAGUAUAAUCAAUUGCAAAGUUUGGGGCACCAAAGAGCAAGUGGCAGACUAUAAUCGCCAACUGAAGAUUUACGACAUAGUCGAUGUCAUCGCACCAAGGAUUGUGCCCACUCUCAUUUCACUGCAGGUCAAUGAUGGACAAGGACGCUUGGACAAACACAACUAUCGCGAUGUGGAUGCCUUUUGCGAGUUGCAUAAUUUCCGAUGCAUGCCACAUAAGCCACUCUGCAGUGCUCUCAAUUCAGAUGUCCGCUGCAGCAUAAAGGAAAAUAAUGCAAAAGAGCAAUUUAUUGACUUGUUGGUUUUAGUGGCUGCUCAGCGUCCGGUCAAAGAAGUGCGAAGUAAACGCAACGGUGAAAUUCUAAACUGUCUUGAGCUAAUUGUUAUCGAUAGCAGCAAUGCUGAUGCUGUUGUGAUGACCAUUUGGCAGCCUGAUUGGAUACAACAGGCGCAACAUUAUUUGGAAGCGAUGCGCACAGUCGUACAUUUAAUCGAGGUCAAGUUGGGAUAUCCAGAAUUUUACAAAAGUAUCACAUUAUCUUUUACCGGAAGCACAACUCAAAUGACCGUAAAUCAGCUGUACGCCCGCGCCGAGGGUCAUCUCAAAGAUGAUUCAGAACAAUUCACCGCAGUUCUUUAUGCAAUGCUAACUCAUUUCGAUUUUGAUGGCUCUGGUCAAGUGCUAAGCCGCAAAUGCAAAUCCUGUAAUGCCCUACUUAGGCGUAAUCAAAUCAUAUGCGAUAUGGAGCAAUGCCAAUUGGUUUUCGAACAUUUUUUCACCAUUAACGUCCAAUUUAGCGAUCAUACUGGCACUUUGUUGGAAUCACGCCUGUCUGGCGCCGUAGCUGAACGUGUGCUCGCUCUAACGCCAUCGCAGUAUCAAGCUUUAAGUGAACAGCAGAAGGAAGAAUAUAAAUGGAAUUACCUGAUGAAUCACUUUGAGGUGAAGUUGGCUGUGCGUAAAGCGAGCGCUGUGCGACGACAAAUGAGUGUGCUCGUGGUGGAUAUGAGAGUUGUAGAAAUACCAGAAUUAGCAGCAAAGAUGUGCGUAUUUUAAAUGAAAUUAACAAAUG